CGCUUGCUGAAAGCUUGGCUCACCAAAAAAGAAGAGGCGUUAAAUAACAUCCAGACGAGGAACUUUAGAGACCAAAAGGAGCUAAGCAUCAGUGUUCGGCGCCUGGCUAUUUUGAAGGAAGACAUGGAAAUGAAGCAUCAAGCAUUGGACCAGCUGAGUGAGAUUGGCCAGGAUGUGGGUCAACUACUUGAUAACCCUAAGGCAUCCAAGAAGAUCAACACUGAUUCUGAAAAACUGACUCAGAGAUGGGAUUCUCUGGUUCAGAGACUAGAAGAUUCCUCCAGCCAGGUGACUCAGGCUGUAGGAAAGCUGGGAAUGUCCCAAAUUCUUCAGAAGGACCUUUUGGGGACUGUUCACAUAGGAGAACAAGUAACCACCAAAAGGUCUAAGCAAGAACUGCCUCCUCCUCCGCCAAAGAAGAGACAGAUCCCUGUGGAUAUGGAAGCUAAGAAAAA